AUGCAUUUGCAUCUCCUGGUGGCAGCCAAUCCAUCAACGCCUUCAGAGCCAUCUGAGCAUACGGGCUCGGAGUUGGAAGCGGGAUUGGAAGCGGGACUGGAAGCGGGAUUGGAAGCGGGACUGGAAACGGGCCUGGAAUUGGAAUUGGAAGGAGUGGAACUGGGAAUCGGACUCGGAUUGGGUGAGCAACUGGGCAACUGCACCACUGUGGCGCCCGUCAGCGUCGCCGGUCCCGGCCGCCUGGGUCGCAGCAUCAACGGCAGCGGCGGCAGCCACCACCACCACCACCUGCACCACCACUACGCGGCCCAUCCGUAUCAUCACCAUCAUCCAUACCACCCGCCGUAUCCCCCCUACCCGCCGUCGGCCCCUCAUCCGCCCUCCUCCUCCUCCUCCGCGGCCAUGGUCACCUCGUCCUCCGCCUCGCCGACGGGCAAUGGCUGGAGCAGCACCACCGGCGACUUUAAGGGCAUCACAGCGGUGGCCACCUCAGUGGGAGCAACAGGAGGUGGAGGAUCAGCAGGAGGAGCCACUGCCUCCGAGGUCCUGGCCGUUUCCAGUAGCGCCAGUGUGGGCAGCAGUUCGCCCACAGGUGGCGCCAGCAAUGGUACCGCACACAGUGGCCACAGCGGACACACCGGCGGUCACAGCAGUAGCACUGCAAGCAAUGGCAACGGCAACAGCAACAACAAUAAUGCCAGCAAUAGCAGUAACAACAACAACAACAACAACAAUGCGGUGCAUCAGGAUCUUUUGUGGAUGGAGCGAUUGGUCCUGAAGCGACAACAGGAACAUCCUGGGGAAUUGGUGCGCACGAGCAAUCCGUACUUCCUGUGCUCCGCCCUGCCCGCCCAUUGGCGCUCCAAUAAGACGCUGCCGAUGGCCUUCAAGGUCGUCGCCCUGGCGGAAGUGGGCGACGGCACCUACGUCACCAUCCGGGCGGGAAACGACGAGAACUGCUGCGCGGAGCUGCGCAACUUCACCACCCAGAUGAAGAACGACGUGGCCAAGUUCAACGAUCUGCGUUUCGUGGGUCGCAGUGGAAGAGGGAAGAGCUUUACGCUGACCAUCACGGUGGCCACGAGUCCGCCACAGGUGGCAACCUACGCCAAAGCCAUCAAGGUGACCGUCGACGGACCCCGGGAACCGCGCUCCAAGACAAGUCCAACGGGUGGGCCCCACUACCGAGCCCUCGGCCUUGGCCAGCGGCCCUACAUCGACGGCUUCCCCUCGACGAAGGCGCUCCACGAACUGGAGACGCUGCGCCGCUCCGCCAAAGUGGCCGCGGUGACGACGGCAGCGGCGGCGGCGGCCACGGCGGCAACGGCGGCCAAUGCGGUGGCAGCGGCCGCGGCAGCGGUCACCCCCUCCGGGGGCGGUGGAGCUGGGGGCGUGGCCGGCGGAACGGGCGCUGGCCUGGUGCAGCAAUUGAGCAGCAAUUACUCAUCGCCGAAUAGUACAAUCAACUCGGACUGCCAGGUCUACAAGCCAAAUGCGCCGCACAUCCAAGGACCCGAUAUGAUGGGCGCCGGUGAGUGGACGGGAUCCUCGAGCUCGGCGGCUGCCUACUACCAUAGCCACGCCCACCACCCGCACGCCCAUCACGCCCACGCCCACGCCCACCUGCAGCACCAGAUGGCCCUGCCCCCGCCUCCGCCGCCCCCCGCAGCCGCCCCCGUUUCGGUGGGCAAUGGAGCCGCCAUGGGCGUAGGCGUGGGAAUGGGCGUAAGCAUGGGCAUGGGCAUGAAUUACGGCGGCUACGGGGAUUCGGCCAAUUCCCUGGAGGCGGGCCAGUAUGCCGCCCAUCUGCCGACCGUUCUGCCCGAGAUGCAUGGCCAUGGAUUCGCCAGCGAUCCCUACCAGACGGCCAGCGGUUAUGGGAAUUCCGUGAGCGGCGGAGGCAGUGCCUCCAAAUCGGAACUGGACUACGGAGGCGGUGGCUACAAUCAGGCGUGGUCGAAUGGCUAUCAGAACUAUCAGUACGGCAGUUGCCUGGCCACCGCCCAGUACGGUCCGCAGGCGGCCCCGCCCCCCCAGCCGCCGCCCCCGCCGCCGGUGGUCCUGUGUCCGCAGCUCUACUCCACGGUCAACCAGAAUCAGAUCCACCUGCAUCUGCACAGCAGCGAGAAGUUGGAGCAGUAUCUCGGUACCGCCUCGGGGGCGGAGCACCUGACCAUUGGCUCGCUGACGGGAAGCAGCAGGUCGAGCAUAGAGAUUGGCCAGGAUCAGUACCACCAGCAGGUGCAACACCACCCACAGCAGCAGCAGGGGCAGCAGCAGGUGCACCAGCAGGUGGAGUCCACGGGCGAAGUGGGUGGAGCAGUGGCGAGUGGCGGAGUGGAGCCGGCGAGGCAGGAGGAGGACGUGGGCGAUCUCACGCAGGUGUGGCGACCCUAUUGACCCAAUCGGAUCAGCAGCCACCGAACAGCACCACCCAUUGCCACCACCCACCCACCACCGCUGCACCUGCAC